AUGUCCCUGGUUCCAUGGUUCCGGUGGAGUGAGACCCCUCACAAGCUGUCUCCCAGAAGUCCAGCAGAAAUGGUGCUUGAGACUCUGAUGAUGGAGCUGGCUUGGCAGAUAAAGGAAGCUGAGAAACAGCAUCGGGAAAGGGAGAAGGAAUACCGGAAGAUUCGAACUGGCGUUGACUAUAGCUGGCUGGCGAGUCCACCCAAGAAUGCCUAUGACCUUAGCCCUGGGGAGCGGCUUCAGUUGGAGGAUGCCUGCACCAAAAUUCACCCUUCUUAUUGUGGACCCAUGAUCCUCAGGUUCCGGCAGCUCAUCGCUGAGUACGAUCCAGAAGUCCAUGAGGUGUCCCAGCUCUUCCGUUCAGUCCUCCAGGAAGUCUUGGAGAAGAUGAAGGAGGAGGAGGCUGUUAGGAAGCUGACCAAACAAUGGAACACUCGACCCCGGGGCACCCUCUCCCUGACCACUUUUAGGACCCGUUCCCGCAUCUUUCCUUUCGCCAGUGACAUCAGGACCAUCUCAGAGGAUGUGGAACGGGACAUCCAUCCCACUCCUAGGGUCUGGAGCAUGCCUGAAUUCCAGAUGCACAAAGACCAAUAA